UCCAGGGCACCAUGUUCUUUUUUGCUUCUACACCUACUUGUCUACACCACUUCCACACCGACAGCUGAGUUGUACGAUUCAUGGCAGUCCGCGGCAUGGCAGUUUCGUGCAGGCUGACGUCACUGGUGCUGAAUGUUGACAAGCACGGUCUCCACUCACAUCUAGACCAUUCACAACGCGCGGGUCUCAUUCUUGAUAGCCAGCACAGCCGAAGGAGUCAACAUACAAACCUGCUCAGCCAUGGACCUAUACAGGGUAUUCACCCGCUAUGAGCCGUAGUGGGUAUAAAAGUAAAGAACAUGAGCGACAAGUAUGGCUCUGUCGAAUUUUCCGGUGGGCUUGAAAACUUCGCUUGAACAUUGAUCUCCUUGGUCCAGCUGAACCAGUACGCUGCCUACCAAUCAUCGGGAAAUCGUACAAAACAGCACACCUCAAGUCUAAACUGACCAGCGCAUCCCUGACGAUGGGUUCAGAAGGUAGGUCAAGUCCAGUGAUUGUUUCUCUUCCGAUUGGACUACUGCGAUGCUCACCACUGAACAGAACAGAAGCCAACGCCUGAGAAUAGCACGCUGUUCCAGGGCUUCGAGUGGAAUGUCCCGGAUGAUCACAAACACUGG